AUGGUAACAAAAGUUAAAGCUGAAGAUAAUGUACUUAUUUACAAAAUUUGCAAUCUUAAAGAACUUAUAGCUAUAUAUUUUUUAAAUAAAGAAGAAAAUAAACAUAUUGAUUUUUCUGCUAUUAUUGA